AGGGGCACUCGGUCACCCUCGAUGCUAGCGCCACUCCACCUGUUCGAUGCCCAAAAAUGCAAAAACCCGCAGAUAGAGGGCCAUAAAUCGAUACGCGAUAGAAUUUUUGUUGAAAAUAUAUAGCAUCCCUCUCAAUCAGAACAGGCGUAUUUAUUUGCAAACAAAUAAGGUGUAGGUGCUCUUGUGGUGUGUAGUAAACAUUCCCCCAUUUGAUUUAUGAAGUGGAAAUUUGUGGAAUCCACUGUGUCCCAGGGUGACCCCGAACAUACUAUUUUAUAGUCCAUGAAAAAAUUUUUAAGUGCCAUAUAAAAUUUAAAAAAAAAAUCAUAGAUUUUCUAAAAGAAAAAUCUAGUGAGAAAAAAAAACCCGUAGAAAAUCUAUUUAAGGCCCAAACUCUACUUUAAUUGAUCUACCCCACGUAAAAUUAUAUAUAUUUGCGGGGAGAGAGAGAGAGAGAAAAAAAAAUAAUUUAAAGAAAAAAGUGUUGAUAUGUAUACUACUGUGCACCUGUCUUAAAGAGAGAUACACAGUUAACCAUAAUCACAAGUGAACUAAUAAUUAUCAUUUUCAAUAGUUUACAAUAUGCUCCACCUUUUUGGUGUUAGAAAGUGCAAAGUUUAAAGGUGGUGAUUGAGAGACUUGUUCAUUGUGUAGACAUUCGAACGUUCUUGGCCAUUUGCACACAAGAGCCAUGUCAGCCAAUAGUCAGACACAGCAACCGGCUGCGCCGCCACCAAAAACAACUACACAAACUAAGACGUCAACUACAGAUCGAGUGAUCGACACCGUGCUCUUCCCGCCGAGCCACAAGUUAACAAUUGCCGAGGUGUUUGAUUCACGCACCGGAAAACCACUUCCGGAUGUUCUCAAGCAGCAUUUUAUCCUUGAGGGGCGGAUCGAAGAAUCAGCAGCUUUGCGGAUUAUCCAAGAAGGCGCUGAUCUACUCAAGGCAGAGAAGACUAUGAUCGACAUCGAGGCACCGGUCACAGUUUGCGGCGAUAUCCAUGGUCAAUUUUAUGAUCUUAUGAAGCUAUUCGAAGUGGGUGGUCCACCAUCAACAACCAAGUAUCUCUUCCUCGGUGACUAUGUUGAUCGUGGCUAUUUCAGCAUAGAGUGCGUCCUGUAUUUGUGGGCGCUAAAGCGGUGCUUCUGCAAUUCCCUCUUUUUGUUGCGUGGUAACCACGAGUGCCGUCAUCUAACUGAGUACUUUACCUUCAAACAAGAGUGCAAAAUUAAAUACUCGGAGCGAGUUUAUGAUGCCUGCAUGGAAGCAUUCGACUGCCUGCCGCUGGCGGCUCUCAUGAAUCAGCAAUUCCUCUGUGUCCAUGGUGGUCUUUCGCCCGAAAUACACGACCUUGAUGAUAUCCGAAAGCUCGAUAGGUUCAAGGAACCACCAGCUUUUGGGCCAAUGUGUGACCUCCUAUGGUCAGAUCCACUUGAGGAUUUUGGCAAUGAGAAAAGUUGCGAAUUCUAUUCACACAACUCCGUCCGGGGUUGCUCUUACUUCUACAGCUAUGCCGCAUGUUGCGACUUUCUGCAGAACAACAACCUCCUAUCCAUCAUACGGGCUCACGAAGCUCAAGAUGCUGGAUACCGGAUGUAUAGAAAGAGCCAAACGACUGGCUUUCCAUCACUCAUUACUAUCUUCUCGGCCCCCAACUACCUGGAUGUGUACAACAACAAGGCGGCUGUACUCAAAUAUGAGAACAACGUCAUGAACAUCAGACAGUUCAAUUGCUCACCCCAUCCUUACUGGCUUCCCAACUUUAUGGAUGUGUUCACUUGGUCUCUACCCUUUGUGGGUGAAAAGGUAACUGAGAUGCUAGUCAACGUUCUCAAUAUCUGUUCGGAUGAUGAACUAAUGUCAGAUGGUGAUGAUGCCCUCGAAGAAGCCGAUGCAAAUCUUCGAAAGGAGGUCAUUCGCAACAAAAUUCGCGCCAUUGGGAAGAUGGCACGUGUUUUCUCUGUGCUGAGAGAGGAAUCUGAAUCCGUACUACAGCUCAAGGGUCUUACCCCUACAGGAGCUCUUCCCCUGGGUGCUCUUUCUGGUGGAAAGACAUCCCUAAAGAAUGCUCUGCAGGGAUUCUCACCUAAUCACAAGAUAACAUCAUUUGCCGAAGCAAAGGGCUUGGAUGCCAUUAAUGAGCGUAUGCCCCCACGGAAGGAUGUACCACCAACACCGAGUCCAAGUGAGGAAGUCAAGCCACCGGUGAUUGAAAGCAACAAGAAUAGUCAUGGAACAUCGUGAACAGUCUAUGUGGGUUUGCUCCUUCUCUCCACCUCGAUUGCUUCCUUCGGCCAUUCGCCCUUAAACAAAACAAAAAAAAAAUCACAUUUUCGCGCAUUAAAACAAAAUAAGAACACCGUCUUUCAUCUGCGAUCCCUUUUUGUGGUUUCCCAUUUUUUUUUAAAUGUGGGUUUGACCAUCGUCUAUUAAUUGGUAUUUUCUACUCUUGGGAAAGCAAUAAUUAGUUGUUAUACAUACACUCUUAUCAAAAAAAAAUAAAUAAAUAAAAAGAAAAAUGGGAGGGAUGCAACUAUAUAAUGUACUUACAUAUGCAUGUCUUUCGGGUUAAAGAAAAAAAAAAAAGUAAAAAGGUUUAUAAUUCAAACAAAUACACAAUGUCAGCUUACAGCCCAUAAAACAUUAUGCUCUUUAUCUCGAAAUUCAAUCUCCAAUGCACCAAUUAUUUUAUAGUUUUUCUUUUAAUCGUUCAAAUGGAAAAUAAAAAAAAAAGAAAUACACAGUCUGUUCUAAGAAAAAAGAAUGUUUUUUGACCAGAAAAAAUCAAUAUUUUUUUGAGUUUUUAUCAUUCAAAUUAUUACUUGAGGACAUCAAAAUGAGUAAAGUCCUUUUUUUGCGAGAGUUUUAUUAAUUUAUGCAGUAUGUAAGGUGUACUGCAAGGUAUUGUAGUAUAAUGUAUACAACGUGAUGGGGGUUGUAGGUUGAGAUCUAUACUUAUUAGGGGGCGGGGGGGAGGGGGUUAAACAACAGGGCUUAUAGAAAAGAAGAUGGAGUGCUCGUGAUAAUUUUAAUGGGAUGAACACAAAAAGACAAUGACAUCUUUUCAUGAUAAUGUUGACCAUAGAAAUUAAGUCCGUCACACCUUAUUUCAAACCACGACAACAGCAUAAAUGAUGGGAAGGUCCUAAGAAAGGUUUAAUUGUACCACAUUCACACACAAGUAAAAAAAUUAAAUAAAUAAUUAAAAUUACACUACCCUGUAAAAGUUUCCGAAAAAACUAAAAGUGGUUAAGUUUUAGGGUAAAUUUCAAAGAGCUAUACUUUUUGUUGGAUAUAGAUUAUAGUCCAUUGAAAUUUACCUUUAAAACUACACAAUUUGUUGCUUGUCUGGAAACUUUUUGUGGGGUUUUGUUAAUGGGAGGGGGGAGAGGAAGUAAUGUGAUGAUGGAGAUAUCGGGAUAUAUACAUAUGUAUGUAUAUGUGGGGAGGGCGGGGUUUGGUAUAUAUUUGAGGACACUUAGGCUAUUACUUAUCAACUGGUAGCUCAUAAAUAAAGAGAAAAAUAAAUAAAAUGAAGGUAAUGUGUAUAAUAUUUAAGAAAAACACACCAAUAUUGUAUUUGUUAAAUGUGUCUCGAAUUCGACGGCACUCUUGCAAAUUGCAACAAAAAAGCGUCUUAACUGAGAAAUCUCUUCUGAAAAAAAAAAUAUAUAUAUAUAUAUAUUUGUUUUCCUAUAAUAUAUUUAAAAAAAAAGUAAGAAAGAAAUGAUAAGAAAAAAAAUGAAACUAUCUAGGAAGUUAAUUUUCCUCUGGAAGAUUAAAUAAUUUAAAAAAAAAACCCAAAUUCUCAUUUCUCAACAUUAAAUUUCACUGUAACACUCUCUGUAUAUAAUAACAUUUAGCAUGAGAUGGAUGGGUGAGGAGGAGGGAGAGAACUUUCACGUGGGGCGGGGUUUGGGAGGGGAGGGAUUAAUGAAAUAGUUUAAUCCUAAUAAAAAAAAACUUAAGAUGGUGAGAAAAAAAUUUAAGGAUUUAUCAUUGCACUGGAUCUGCAGGAGUUGCGAUAAAACUACAUACAUUGAUAUAAUAUACAACAUAUAUUUUCCUUAAUCUUAAAAGCAAAAAUGAAAGUAAAAAAAAUUGAGGAAAAUUACAAGUAAAAACUGAUAAAAUAUAUUUAAAAAAAAUUAUUAUUAGAUAUACUAUUAUUAAAAACAAAAAGAUUUAAAAAUAUAUAUUACCCAAAUAAGAAAAAAAAGAACAUUUGAAACUUCUCCGUUGUACAGAUAAAAAAAAUAAAAUAAAAAUAUAUACCUACCAUUCUCUAGAGAGAUAUUGUGAAGAGAAUACCUAUUUAAAAACUAAAAAAAAGUAAAAAAAAAAAGAAAGUUAAUGAAAAUUCUAUAUAAUUAAUCUGCAUUGCAAGGUGAGAUACAAUGAUGAUGAAAUUUUUACUAUUUAUGCAAAAAGGACAAAAGCAACAAAAAAUGUUAAAUUAAAAAAAAUCUUUAGGCGAGAAGUUUUUUGACAAAAAAUGUGACGACAGUUUUUAAUUAAAAAAACACACAAAAAAAUUUACCGGCCCACCUUAUUCCCUUUCGCUAUGCACUCUUCUUUAAUAAAUAUUGGUAGUAAAGUAAGGAUAUAUUAAAUGAGAAAAAAAAAUUAUAUAAUAAUUACAUUUACAGAGUGGUGGCACUUUUUUUUCUCUUUAAAUGUUUACCUAUCUCUAUCUAAGAGAAUAUUUUAUUCUUUAAAUUUAUUCGAAAUAUCUUUUUUUUAUUAACAUCGUCUUGUAGUACUAAUAUUUGAUAUAAUUAAUUACAAAAAAAAUUUCAAAAGACCUGCAAGGAUUGUAUUUAACAAUUAAAUUGAUUUAACUUCAACUAUAUGAAGCCGCGCAAGAAAGGCUACCACUCUGUGUAUCGUACAAUCGCAAAAUGGUUUUUAGGUAGUCAAUCUCUAAAUUGUACAUUUAAUAAAAAAUAAAAAAAAUGAAAGUUUUAAAAAUUUAGUAGAGAUUAAAACAACCUUAAUAUUAAUUAAAAUUGAUCAUUUUUUUCUUUUUCAACUAUAUGCAAUUAGAUCAAUGUGCUAUAAGUAAGAAUUUGCAAUUAUGCAAAAAAAAUCCAAUUUAUUAAGUUUAUGUUACGUUAAAUGUUUAUGUUUAUGUUAAAACGUUUCAGGAAGAAAAAUAAAAUAAAAAAAGAUAAAAAUGAUCAAUUUUCAAUUAAAACGUGUUGAUUCUAUUAAAAAUCUUUUUUUUUUCCUUAUAAUUUAAAAGGUAUUGUAAGAUUGCCAUUCUAUAAAAGAAAAAUAAAAGAUUUGUAGUUCCAGAAAAUAGACAGAAUAAUCUUUAAUAAUAAUUAUCUUAUAACUGAUGAAUUGUAAGAAAAGAAAAGGAAAAUAUUUUUAAUAGAAUCGCCCUCUUUAUUGAGGAUUGUUUUGAUCUCCUAAGAGGAAAUCACUGACAAAAAAAAAGAAUAAAAUAUAUAAAAUAUUUAAGUGUGGAUCUUCAAAAUGUCAAUGUCACUGAGAAAGGAGUUGCGGUUUUUUCUUUCCUUUUUUUUAUAUUAAUAAUAAAUUUUAUCUUCUAAAAAAAGGAAUUUAAGAAAAAUUAAAAGAAUAAAUGAAAUGAAUAUUUGCGACGAUAUUGCGUGAAAUACAAAAAGAAAAAAAAAAAAACAAAAUGAGAGUUAUCUUCUUAAAAAAAAAUAACACAGAUUCUAGGAGAAAUGGUGAGAAAUAUGACAAAACUAUAGUAAGAAAAAAAAAUGAAGAAAAAAAUCUAAUAGUUCUUAAUAGUUCUUUAAAAAAAAAAGCAAGAUAAAAAAUGAGAAUAUUUCAUUAAAACUAAUAAGAGAAAAAAAUGGAAAAUUAUGUAAAACUUUCUUCUAUCCCGGGAUAUUGAGACUAUUCACAUAUCCACAAAUCACUAAAAAUGCAUUCUUAUUAUAUAAAAAAAAAACAUAAAAUAAUACAAAAAAAAAACUUAACAGAAAAGUCAGAUUCUAUACAAAAAAAUGUAAUACUACAACACAACAAAAAAAAUUAUUACCUUCGAUUGAAUACUGAAAUGAGAAUUUAUUUAUGAGAAAAAAAUAAAUAAUGUUUAAAGAUAAUUAAAAAUAAAUAAAAUAGGGAAUGGAUAAAACAUUGUAAUUACAUAACAGACAAAAGCCAUAUGGGAUUUAAGUGUAUUACCCAAUUGCCUCUGGCUAGGAUCCACUUAACGGUGGGGAUGAGUCCUACACACAGGUAUAAAAAAAUGGCGGCAAUGGGUAAGAGCUUAAUGAAAAGAAAGAAAAACAACACAAUUGCGAAAGGGAAAGACAGCAAAAUUGUGAAGAAAUGUGAGAUGAAGAGUUUUAUGGCAAUUUUUUCUAGUCGCUUUACAAUUUAAUUAUUUAAUUAUAUUUAUUAUAUGAUUGACAUAUUGAAUGAUAUGAAAUAUACGUUUUAUUUACUUAAAAUACUACCAAAAAAUUA